ACCAUGUCCAAAAUCAGAAAAAGCAUCUCCACCUAAACAGGACCAGACAAACAUUCAUCUCUAUCCCGACUGGGCAACUAUUCAAGCAUAUUAUGGGCCUGGAGUACCCAUACCACCAUCAUAUUUGAACUCUGCAACCAUGGCUUGUCAUGUUCCUCAUCCUCAUGUGUGGGCACCACCACAGCAUGUGAUGCCACCAUAUGAGGUGCCUUACUCUGCCAUCUAUUCUCCUAGAGUUGUUUGUACUCAUCCUACAGUUCCUAUUGAUGAGCGGCAACUGAAACGAGAGAAGAGGAAACACGCUAACAAACAAUCUGCUAGGAGGUCUAGGUUAAGAAAGCAGGCUGAAACUGAGAAACUGAUAAAGAGAUAUGAAACCGUGAAAGUGGAAAACAUAACCCUUAAAUCUGAAAUGAAACAAUUAAUGGAAGAUUCAGAGAAACUUAGGGUUAAGAAUGUUGCAUUGAUGGAGAAUUUGAAUGGCUCAGAAGUUGCACAUCCGGAGAGACGGGUUUAGAUAAUAUUGAAUCAGAAUAGCGGGGAUGGAUUUUUGCUAAAAGACUCAAAUUCUGUCAAGGAAAACAAAAGGAAUGUGAGACCCUUGAGAACUCUAUUUUGAGAUGAAGCUGCAAAUAUUUGGAUCAAGGGCCCAUGCUAUUGCCACAAGCUGAUUCAUAUAUUUUCUCUUGUACUUUUUGACAAAUAGCUUGAAAGCCCCCAAUUCACUUGUAUGAUAUGUUUAGUUGGUGACACAGGCACAUAGGUUGGAAAGGUGAUUAAAUUACUUCCGAAAGAUCUCUCGAGUUGCAUUUUCUAAGUUUUUAACUAAUCAUGGUGUGGUUAGUUCUUGACUACAAGUAUCCCCGUAGUGUUGUGCGAAUUUUAACAGUUACUUCUGACAACAGGUUGAAAGAAUGCACUUUUCAUUAGCUUAACUUCAAAAUUAGAGAAAUUUAUUUACUUUCAUCAUCUGUUUGGGUAUCCACAAUGUAACAUUUUAUUUUAUUAAAGUUUCUUGUAAAUGCUUACUGUUA